GAUGAACUUCGGCGUCUAGGCAGCUUCUUAUUCCUGUAGUAGUACGUCUCAAUCUUGAAUUGGUCAUGUCAUGUGGCUGCGAGUGUGCUUACAUUGUCAACUUAUCAAGUCGAAUUAUCAAAGCCCAACCGACGUCAUCGCGUUGCCUGCAACUAUAGAAAAGCCCGCUUGUCUCUGGCCUCCUCUCUCGUUGCAACUGUUUUAAAACUCCCCAGAAUCAUCCAACUGUUCUCUAUCCUCACUAUACAUUUAUUCAUCACUAAGUCAAGCUAAACACGUUACUCAUCACGAUGCCUGUCAUCCCCGAGCCUGCUAGCUUCCCUACUGCCCACGGCAGUAACAACGAUAGCCCUUCCAACUCCUCGGAGCAGAGAAACCCUGGCCAGGAUACAAAGAAAGCCUCGAUGCUCGAUCACCUGUCAAAGGGCCCUCAGAUCCCGGACAACAUGCCACCUAAAGCAACAAAGGAAGAGAUCGAGGCGCGUAAGAAGGAGCUGAACCAGUGAAUGUGCCGGACAUCUCAGAUGGUCACCUACUUUCAUACUUCAAUUGUAUUAAUCAUGAGAAUUACGUACGUUGUUCGGUAAAGAAUUACUUUUUGACGUUGCGAUUGCGGGGAUAUAUUUACUUAGCGCAGACUGCACCAUGAUACCUGCAUACCGGUGUGCUUCCUUUGCACCAGUCUGUGAAACCCAUGAAACCCAUAGAUAGACAAGUCUUCCCCAUUAUCUCUCUUCGUAGAACUAGCACAUCAACUGAUUGCAUGAGUAUACCUCAUCUGCCCUGCUUCUGCCCGCAACCCGUUGCAGGAUUGUCCCAAAAAGGGAUCAUUACAUCAUGAUACACGUGACCCCGCGUUCACUUUGCUCCUCACAGCGCGAUGCGAGGCUGUCUUCUGUCGCGUCAAGAGUUUCCUCAUGCCGCCUGAACGAGCCAAUGUCCCGGUGAAGCUGUCCCUGCC